UAAUAUGAAAAGAGCUCUCUCAGCGGAACACAGCAUUUUUAUAUACCCUUUUUGUACCCUGGCUGAGUAUUAUAAUUUUGACAAAGAGUUGGUAACGCAGUAAAGGAGUUUUUUCAUUGUUAAUCAGCAUAAACAUACUUAAAAUAACAUGUUUUUAUUAGUUCUAUAAAUUAUGUUCAAUAAUGACAAUUUAAAUAGGGUUUUGGCUCUUAUUCGAACGAUUUAUCACGCUUUAAACUAUAAAUAUUCCUAAAAUUAUUGCUAUUACAACCGUAAGGGUAUAUAGGCUUCGGUUUUUUUUUUAAAUAAGGAUUUGAAAGUAAGAUAUUAUCCCAAAGCUAAAAAGCUGCCCUUGCCAAACUCCACCAUCUGCAAACGCCGUUGUUUUUGGAAGCGAAGUAAAUGUAAAUAAAUGUUCUCCCCUUGUUUUAUGAUUUAAAGCUUUAAAGUUGAGUCUACUAUUUGAUCUUAGUUCAUCCAUGCUAGUUAUUCCUGGCAAGAAAGGAAAGUUUUUUUACCACUGUAUAAGUUGUAAACAUCUAUAUUAUUUCACAUUGCAUUGCACUGGAAUUAAUAUCAUUAAAAUGUGUGCAAGAAAGCCAUGUGUCAGCCACCAAAAGCUCGGAUUAUGACGAGAGUAAUGUACAUUAGGUUUCAAUUGAUCUGCCUGCACUUGCUUCUAGGGGCUCAACGUCUUGAGGCUCUUAAUGCCUUCGAAAUAACCAACUACCAGACCACCAAGUACUCAAUCCCCGAGUUGUGGAUGGAGCCGGAGCAGACACCUAGCGACGGCGAGGAUGUGCAAGAUCACGACCUGGAAUUGGCGGAAAGCUCUUUAAAGUUCGACGAUGAGUCGACCGAGGAGCGAACGCCUGCCUCUGCGGAAUACCGGGAAGGUGCCUUCUGCCGGCGGAGCUUCGAUGGACGGAGUGGCUACUGCAUUCUAGCCUAUCAGUGCCUCCACGUGAUCCGGGAGUAUCGAGUGCAUGGCACCCGCAUCGACAUCUGCACGCAUCGGAACAACGUGCCCGUUGUGUGCUGCCCCUUGGCUGACAAGCAUGUCCUGGCCCAGCGCAUCAGUGCCACCAAAUGCCAGGAGUACAAUGCAGCCACCAGACGCCUUCAACUGGCUGACACCGGACGUACUUUCUCCGGCAAGCAGUGUGUGCCCAGUGUGCCGCUGAUCGUCGGUGGAGUUCCAACCCGACACGGACUUUUUCCGCACAUGGCCGCCCUGGGUUGGACCCAAGGUAUUGGCCAGGCCAAGGACACCGAUAUCAAGUGGGGCUGCGGCGGAACCUUGAUCAGCGAACUGUACGUGCUCACUGCCGCCCACUGCGCCACCUCGGGUAGCAAGCCGCCGGAUAUGGUUCGCCUGGGGGCCCGGCAGUUGAACGAGACUAGCGCUGCCCAGCAGGACAUUAAAAUCCUGAUCAUCAUCCUGCACCCCAAGUACCGCUCCUCAGCCUACUACCAUGACAUAGCGCUGCUAAAGCUCACCAGGAGAGCCAAACUUUCGGAUCAAGUGCGUCCCGCUUGCCUGUGGCAAGUGCCGGAGCUACAGAUUCCGAGCGUUGUGGCCGCCGGCUGGGGACGGACAGAGUUCCUGGGCACCAAGUCAAACACCCUGAGGCAGGUGCAACUCGACGUUAUCCCCCAGCUGCGCUGCAAGCAGAUCUACCAAAAGGAGCGACGCCUGCCGCGCGGAAUUAUCGAUGGCCAGUUCUGUGCAGGUUACCUACUCGGUGGCAGGGACACCUGCCAGGGUGACUCUGGCGGUCCCAUCCAUGCCAUUCUGCCGGAGUACAACUGUGUGGCCUUUGUGGUGGGCAUCACCUCGUUUGGCAAAUUUUGUGCAGCUCCAAAUGCUCCGGGUGUUUAUACCAAGAUAUACAGCUACCUGGAUUGGAUAGAGAAGAUAGCCUUCAAGCAGCAUUAACCCCUUAAGAUCAAGAUAUAUUUAUGUUUGAAGCUUAAUU